AUGGACACUGCCGAAGAGAGCCUUCUUCGUGAUGCCGAGAAUCACAAGGAGCCGCGAACGUGGAUGCGAGCCAAGUCCCUCGAGCAAGGAGCCAGCAGUGAUCAAGAGACAUUAUUGUCGAGGCUUCCGGGAAGAAGCGAGUCUGCAUCUGCCCCGUGGUGGUUGCCUACACACUCGCCGUCUGGAUCUCCGCACAAGGACAGCAGCCUUCUAAGCGUGGAAAGGUACAACAGCUCCCAAAACGGGCGCCACAGCUCGUCCUUGCCACGAUCUCUGAGACCUUGGGUGCCUGGAGCUAUGCCAGACCCCGCCAGAAGGCCACUCUCACAGUCUUCCGAGGAGAGAUCUCCCGCUACUGCAGGACAGGAACUCGGCAGCAGCAAGCGCGAAGUUGAAAUGGAUGCCGGCGCCGUUGCAGCGCUCGAAGCUCCUUCGCCAUGGUCUCGUCCGGACAAGGCUAUUUGGGGCCGAUGCGAUAGCAUCACGGAUGACCGCAUGCCGCGUCCUGCAUCCUCGCCAGUUGUGGACUCUGUGACCGAGGUGAUAGAGCUGGAACACGACUUCUAUUCCAUCUCGUUGACACCGCAGGUGCCUUGUUGGGCUGCGAUCUGCGCGCCAUUGGCAUCUUGCAUUGCCCAGCUGUUGGUGCUGUACUUCUUGGCCUACCAGAACGAGACAAUGUUCGAGGGUGGCAAGUGGAAGCAGCCCAUAUCCCCCUACUGGAGUCUCAACACGAUGAAGAUGAUUUCAAUCAUGCUGUCGCUCUUCAAGGUGUCCAUAGAACUUGGCCAUGCGCAGCGUCUCUGCAGAUGUCUUGUGGUUGGAGCUUUUGCUGAGGGCUUUCGGCCUGUUGUGGGUUGGUGGGCCCUUGCGCUGCAGUACUUCAUGGCGCUGUUGGUGCUGUUCGUGUCUCUCUCGGUUGUCCUCGGCUCAACGUCUUGUGUGGGCUGCUUCUUGAAGAUCUUCAGCGUGUUCAUCAUCGUAGACAUGGACAAUCUAGCAGCAGGGUUUGUCGAUGGAAUGACGUACUUGGACUUUCGCGUGGAAGUCUCCCCGGAACGGCUUCAGGCUUUCAAGAGGCGACAUGGUGGAAUAUGCCGAUGUCUGUCCAUCAGAGCGAUUUUCAUGUUCAUGCCGGUGACCCUGAUCCUCUUGUCCUUGGCUAUGUCAAUUUACUUCAACACGAUCCCACUGACGCUCCUGUCGUUUGGACAAGUCAGCAACGAAGAUUCGCCAGAGAUGCUCGUAGAUGACGGCACUUGUGUAGCGCAGCUCGUCCACCACAAAGGACAGGGCUUGUCAGCAAACGUUUCUGUGCUGCUCCUUGCAGCGCUGGAUGCAGAUAGCGACAAAGCGCUGGCACCCAGAUUGCACUGGGUGGCCCUGGAGUAUGCUGCGCAGCCGGUUACUCCUUCUUCGCUGCAGGUCAUGAGAGGAAAUGAUGCAAACAACAAUGGUGUCUUCAAGUCUGGAAGUGCAGCAACCGUCAGGAGUCAGGCGUACCACUGGCUGGAAGAACAUGGCUUCUCCCCGCAAGUCUACAGCAACUUGCUCAAGCGGGAGAAGCUGUACAAAACCUUUCAGCCGUUUGAAGCCACGUUCCUGAUCCCUGGCAUACAGGACGAUGCGCCGGCAAGCUACACACCAUCAACGUACAUGGUGUACGUCACGGCGCAGAAUCCUUUGAGCAACGCUUUGGCGGCGAAACCUGCCAUGGCCAGCUUGCUGAUACCUGCGUGCGCACAGUUCUGCAACUCCUGCGAACUUGCGGGGCCCCGACUUUGUGACGAGGGCAAGUGCAUAGAAGGUACACAUUUUCACCUGGGUAAAUGCUACCCAUGUGCCAAGGAUUGUGACAAAUGCGAGCUGAAUGCCCUCGGGCACAACAUGUCCGAUUCGGAAUCCAUCGGAUGUGACAAUGGGGGCUGCAAAGAGGGCUUUGGGCUGAAGCACGGCAGGUGUCAGCCAUGCAAGGAUGCAAAUUGUUCACGAUGCUUGGAUGAGGAUCUGGAUGUGUGCGUGGAGUGCAAGCAUGGCUUGAGCAUUAAUUUCAACGGCAGCUGCCAGACAUGUGGUGGCCCGCAUUGCAGGAGAUGUUUGGAGAACGGUGGAUGCGACAGUUGUGAGCAUGGAUGGGGUCCGGCUGAAAAUGCAACAUGUGCGGAGUGUGUAGAUGGCUGCCGCGAAUGUCCUUUCUCUCACACAGAAUGCACCGCAUGCCAGCUUGGAUAUGUUCUUCAACACUGGAAGUGCCAUCCCUGUCUUCAGAACUGUCGCAACUGUUCGUCCAGUGGCUUGCAUGGCUGCGAUGACUGCAUUGCCGGCUUUGGCUUGGACAAAAUUACCAUGGAGUGUGCAGCCUGCCAGGUAGAGAACUGCCUGGGUUGUGAUGGAGAACCCUGGCGGUGCAGUCGUUGUCGGAAAGGAUUUGGUGUUACCUCAUCAGGUCUGUGCCAAGACUGUGGAGAGUUCUGUGCCGAAUGUGUUUCGAUCGACGAUUGCAAAGCUUGCCACACUGGAUGGGUCGCCCGUGAUGGGAAGUGCCUUGGCUGCGCUGAUCGUUGCAGCAGCUGCAACAAAGCCGGCCCAGCAAAGUGCGACCGGUGUUUCCAAGGGUUCCAGCUCAACUCCGAGGAGACCUGUGACAGAAGAGUGAGCUUCUGA